UGGGAGUGAUAGUGACAGCAGCAUUCAGGCCUGUGAUGUAUCAAAAAUGAUUGAACGUGAUCUACAAACACUCAUGCCCUCAGUAAUACAGAAUACAUCAAUUCAUAAAUUUGAAGAGAAUAUUUCUGAAGCAUCUGAGCACUGGUGCAAUGCAUCAAUAUUUAAUGACACUGCCAUUACUUCGGGCUCUGAGAUUAACCGAGACCUACAGGAUCAUCAUUCAAAACAGAGCACGAAGGUGACACAGAAUUCUUCCAUUGAUUCGAUAAAAAGUCACACUCCACUUCCCAAUAUUAUGAUGGACUCUUUUGAUGAUGUGAAACUCGAUGAUUUGUGUUUGGAGUUUGAUAAUGAUGAUUUAAAUUUAACGAAAUUGGAGGAGAGAGUUGAGGCUAAGGAUCGUCAUCAGGCACGUGUUGCUGAAACGAGUGAUGAGAAGACAGGGAGUGCUUUUCAUGAUCUGCCUCAUAAGAUUAAAUCAUUGAUUUUCCGAGUUAAGAAAAUCAACGCACUUUAUGAUUGGCAAGACGAGUGCCUGAGAUUAAAAUCUGUGAUCAACCGAAGGAAUUUAAUUUACGCACUCCCAACGAGUGGUGGGAAAACUCUUGUAGCUGAAAUUCUAAUGUUAAGAGAAAUUACGUGUAAAAAAAGAAAUGCUAUAUUUAUUCUACCAUUUGUUGCAAUUGUUCAGGAGAAAAUUCAAUCAUUAGCCCCAUUCGCAGUCGAAUUAGAUUUUCUAAUCGAGGAAUAUGCUGGCAGUAAAGGUGGUUACCCCCCUGUAAAACGAAGACGAAAAAACAGCCUCUACGUGUGCACCAUUGAGAAAUCUAUGGGAGUGAUCAAUAGUUUGAUUGAAACUAAGAGAUUAAAAGAAGUUGGAAUGAUUGUAGUCGAUGAAUUACAUUUAUUAGGAGAAGAUGGAGGCCGAGGAGCAACUUUAGAGGGAUUAUUAGCGAAAUUAAUGUACAUGAAUGCGGAUAUCCACAUCGUGGGUAUGAGUGCAACGAUUGGAAAUUUGGAUGAAGUGGCACGGUUUUUGAAAGCAGAUGUGUACACGCGAAAUUUUAGACCCGUGGAAUUAAAAGAAUAUAUUAAAUGUGAGGAUCGCAUAUGGUUGAUAAAUACUAAAGAAGAGGAUAUAUUUACGGAUGAGAGGAAGAUUAAUUACCGAGUGAGUUCGCAAUUUAUUGAUGAAACUACUUUGGAACCGAAAUCCAAGAAAUCGAAACAAUCCAUUAUUCUUACCAGAAAGAGUCGAUUGGAAUUAUCGACUCUGGGAAAAGCUGCAAUGAAAGGCUCGAUCGAUCUCCAAACCGCAUACUAUUUACACGAGGACUUGAAAUCUGCUCAACGUCACUUGAUCUUAACGAAUGAUCUUCACGUUCUCUUCCUAGUCACUCCCUACGAUGUAGCGAAUCAGAUAAAACCCGUGGGUUCAGUUUUCUAUGAAGUAAUCAUGAGUUCUCCAUCAUCAGUCAUGGACGUCUCCCGGGUCUUGGGGUUUACUGAAACUGUGAUAAUAAAAUUACGAGAAGGAAUAAUGCCAAAGAAUAUAUCGUCACGAGUUUUUCACAGAUUUUACGUCACUCUGAUGCUUCAUGAGUUGCAAAAAGGCGCAUCAAUUUAUCAUGUAGCCGAGAAAUAUCAUGUUACUCGAGGAAUAACGCAGAAUCUUCUGAGCUCUACAGCUGCGUUCGCCUCUUCAGUCGUUAGAUUCUGUCAGGAAAUUCCAGAAUUCUGGGCUUUUAUUGAUUUCUUGAAAUCUUUUAGUAAGAAAAUCACUGCAGGUCCUGUUGAGGAGCUCGAGAUACUCAUGGAGCUUCCUGCUGUGAAAAUUGGGAGAGCAAGACAAUUGUAUGAUGCUGGGUUUAAAAAUCUCCAGGCAAUUGCUUCUACAAGCCCUACCAUUCUACAGAAGCAUUUGAAAUAUGCUUC